GGAGGGAGAAACAGUGUGCAGGAGAGCGAGUGAGAGCGAAGCGAGCAAGAGAGAGAAGCGUGAGAGAGAGAAUGUAUGGUGUCAGGGUAACGCUUCCUUGCUUGUAUCCAGGGCCUUUGUGAAUACACCAUGGGAUGCAUCGGCUCACGGAGACUCACGGCAGAUGGAGUGCCAGUAAAGGAUGGGGAACAGCAUGGAUGUUCAGACUUUUCAUGGGAAGGAAUCAAUCUGUCUAUGGAAGACACCACGUCCAUCCUGCCUCGUCUGAAGAGGAACAACUCCAAUAACUAUGGGAUCGGUGCUCUGGCUAAGUCCUCACUGACAGGUGUGUCAGGUGUGAAUCGCUCCAUGAAGGACAAGGUGACCAAGCCUACAUCCAUGGCCCAAGGCCGGAUGGCACACAUGAUCGAGUGGCAGAACUGGGACAUGUCUGUGGUGGGCCCGGGGGGCGUCUCCGUCCCACGCAAGUCCACGGCAGAGCAGGAGAUGGAGAGACGGUUGGAGAGCGACGCCUACAGCGACCUCAGCGACGGGGAGAAGGAGGCUCGCUUCGCCGCAGGUAUCCUGCAGCAGUUUGCCAUCUCCCAGGCAACGCUCAUGGCCUGGACCUCCAUGGAUGGAGAGAGCCUGAGGUCAGGGUCCAACCAGGGCAGUGUGGCCCACCUCAGCGAGGUUAACCAGGAGAGCAUCACCAGCCGAGACCAGAUAUUGCACCACUCCUCUGCGGACAUGUGGCCUAACACCUAUGUUGCCCAGGGCCUUUACUGCCUCUCCUCCUCUGACGCCUGGGAGCCAAUCAGCAACGAGCCCUCCGGAGUGGCCUCUCCCGCUGCUGGCUCCUACGUGAUGCAGCAGGGCGGGACUUCCUGUGAUGGGUAUGAUGGGAACGCGUUGCUGCAGCAGCAGCAGCAGCAGCAGUUCAACCUACAGCAGCAGAGUCAGCUCCAGCAGCUGCAGCAGCUACAACAGAUACAGCACUACCAGCAACAGCAGCUCCUGUAUCAGCAACAACAGUCUCUGGAGCAAAGGCUGCACAGUGCCAACCACUCGUUGCAAGCCACGCCCAACAGCACCAUCCACAGCCUGGCCCCUGCUACCCACGCCCCAUUGGUGGACCUGUGGGGGGCGGGUCAGACAGAGUCCUAUCACGCAGAUAUUGGAGGGUACAACAUAGGCGUGGCAGCGGUGGUGGAGGCGGCUUUGAAUGUUCCGUCUGGGGAAGAGGGGGCGGGGACAGACCAUUCCCCUCUGCUGGAGCAGCAGGAGGAGGAUGAACUGAAGGACGAGGAGCUAACACUCUGCAUGGAGCCGGAGUCUGCCACUCUAACACAGAGAGAUGAAGCCAUCACCUCCGGGGGCAGUAGUCCUGGGCAACGUAGUCCGGGACGCAGUAGUCCGGGGCAACCACCAGCACAGCAAAUUACAGAGCGGAAGGCCUCUGAUGUCAGCUGUGGAGGCAUCCAGAUGUUGGAGGAGAAGGAAGAGAAGCAGGGGUCCGCUGUUGCUGCCAUGGCAACCAACUGAUUGACAGAUCGUCCUGAGAGACGUGACAGACUGACCCUCAGCGUCAGGAAUGACUGAUCCUAAUAAUGAAAUAUUUAUCAAUAAAUCUGUUCCUUUUCAGGUAUCAAACACAUUUUUGAUGGGAUAUAAACUCUUGUGACCACUGAAGAGCAGAGGAGGAAGAUUUGGAAACGGACUCACACAGCCUUAUAUUCCCAGAGAGAAGGAGGCGGGAGGGAUGAAUAGAGGGAGGGAAAAAAGACUGAGCGAGAAAAAGGAGGUAUGAGGGGAUGAUAAAAAGAAGAGGAGCAGCUGAGAUAGAGACAUUUGUAUCAGGAAAAGGAAACGGAGGAGGAGGGAAUUGAAACAUGCAUGCUUUUUAAACAAAUGACUUUAUCCGGUCCAGCAUCAAAUAUGAUAAUGAUCAUAAAAUCUAUAGUAAUAAAACAUUAUCAUGACAACAAUGAUUUUCUAACAAAGAAAACAUUCAUGACAACACAAAAAUCUAUGUAUAAGUGAAUGAUAAAAGAAUAUAUAUCAAAAUCACUGUUUUUACAACACUAUCUCUCCAUUGGAGAACUACUCUGUUUACAGCUUACACUCAACACAUCAAAUAGAAUAAUAUCAACCCCAUAACUUGAAGAACAGAAACACUCACAUGUUAUACCCUCUCCUCUUAUGUCAUUCACAUCUAGCAUCCACAUCACUUAUAGAACUAACUGCACGGAUACAGAGCAACUUUAGUAGGUUGGGUUCAUCAUAACCCCCUAAAAAUUACACCAAUUCAAUUAUCCCCAAAAACUAAUUAAAUCCAAAUUGGCUCUCUGCAACCUAACCCCUGCAGUGAAAUCUACUUGAACCCUCCUAACACAGUUAGAAAGACAACAACGUUGCUAUGUUGCUGUGGUCUCCAGAUGUCCAAGGCACAUAAAGGCUGCAUGGCUGUCCUGUUGGCCACACACACAGCACUGCACAGUUAAAGGAAUGUACUGUACAGUAAGAUAGUGUGCUUCCUACUCUGUCUUUCCGUAUGUUUCUUCACAGUACUAUGGAGUACCUGUCCUAUAUUGAACUGUAUAGACUUUGCACUGAACCUAGGACACGGCUGGUGCUGGGCCAGAGAAGACUCAGGGCAUGGAGCUCCUUGUAGUCUGCUUGACUGUGCAUCUUGACUGACAGGUCCGUGUCAUGGAGUGAAUGGUGAAGAGACAGAGCUGUAGUAGUGAAUCCCUUUUCACUGAUGCAAUCCAACAGAUCAGAGGCUGCCUUUGGACUCUGUCACACGUCAAUGUCCUUGAUCACUGUUCAGAAAGAGCUCUUAGCAUCACCAGGAACCAAAACAGAACCACUAGACGAGAUGGAUUCUGAGCUGUUGUUCCAGGUUCCAAACUAGAGAUGGCUGGAGAAAGAGGAAGUGCUCUGGAGUGUUUAGGUACCAACAGAAAGAGGAUUUAGAUUCAGAUGUGCUUCUGUUUUAACACAGAUUGUUGUUUUGAUGUCAGCUCUUGGGGACAAUACCAAGCUUUUCUUUGUGGAGAAAAGAUGAGCAAAUGUUUCUCUCAAAGGUGUAGGUUAGAGCUGUUUGAAUUGGGUACUGAUUCUUAGAAGGGCAAAAACUUCAAAAUUGUAACUACUAGUGAAGAGCCAAACACAGGUCUCCUAAACGGCUUGUAGCCACUACUGUCAUAUAGAUGUAAAUACUAAUGAGAGAGGAUAUAAACCACAUCUCUCACAGUCCCCACUGCAACAGUUUCUUUAUUUUUCUACAAGUCUCAGUCCCAGCUCUUUCCUUUGGGAAUCUUCCUGAGCUCCCAAAUUAAGCUUAUUGCAUUUAGAUUUGUUUCUAUCACCACACAAGUAAAAGGAAAAUGAUAGUGGAAUGUCAACAUUGUAAAUAGUGUGAUCAUUAAAAUAUUGGAUAUCGGAAUAUUGUUGUAAAAUAAUGCAAAGAACCUAAUUUGACUGGGUUUAAGGAGAACAUUGAAGUCAAUCAGGGAAUAGAACUGAAUACUAGAACCAAACACUAGAACCAAACAGAACCGGUAUCUUCCUGCUCAUGGUGACUACAGCGAUGGAGCAAAACUCUGCCUGAGCCGAGUGUGACGUUUGAGUUAGCGUGUGUAUUUCCUGAAGAGGAAAGUGUGUAUCCCAAUGGAGGAAUGGUAGUGAAGUUCAGAGACAUGAUAGAAUAGUGGAAUGUUGGAGAUACUGGUCUGGAAUAUCUGUGCAUGUGUCACUAAUAAAAACAACAACAAUAGCAGUUAUUAUUAGUAUUCUAAUAUUAUUAUUAUUAAUAUUAUUAUUAUUAUUAUUAAUAUUAUUAUUAUUUGACGGAGAACAACCUUCUUUCACUCUGAUGAUUGUGUGAAAAAACUUUUAAGAUAGAAAAAAGGUUUAUUGACUUGAAUUCAUUAACUUAUUGAUUGAUUAUUUAUGCAAUGUUGGUACAAUGUUUAUUUUUCUACUGAAUUAUUGACACCCCCCAGUAUAAGACAGAAUAUGUGUGGUUGAUGUACAGCAGUUUCGUGUUGGUUGGGGCUCUCUGAUCGGACAAACAGACAGUGAUAAUAAUACCCUAGGCCAGGGGUGGAAACUUCUGGAGGGCUACAUUGUGGCCACAAUUAAUUGUAAUCAGUUGUGUUAAAGCUGGGCUGGAACAAAACCCUGCACACACUGACUGCAUCCCUCCAGGACAAGGGUUAGGGUUAAGGUUACCCACCUCUUCCCUGGGGCUGUCCAUCAUGAAACACACAAUGAUGUCAUUUACAUAGUCAUAACCAGUCAUGAAGAUUCAUGUCACAGCUGCCAUGAUCACCCAGGCAAUGACAACACAAUCUCAACCAUGCAACUUCCUUUAGGCUACUAGUCAUAAGUGUCCAUCAGCUGUCACGACACGUAUGACGCGUCUGCAAGACAAGAUGCAUAUUGGUGUUAGAACUAACCAAGUAGGAGUCUAUCCUGACCACGUGACCUGACCAGGAUAGACUCAGCACCCCUACAUCUAACAGAUGGUUCUGCUGAGCUGCUACCUUGUGGUGUUUUUCAGUUUGUGUUAUGCAUUAGCCUUCACCUGUCUGUCUCAGACUGGCUCUGAGAGAUACAACCUACAGGAUGUCUUUACCCAACCACUCUUAUUCAUUGAUUUAUUUCAGGAUUAUUUGGGGGGAGGAAUAACAUGACAGCCUGUACAUAGUUUAUUAUUUAUUGUAGGUUAAGUCUUUUUGGAGCAGUAUUGUUCUGUGUGUUGUCCUUGGGACUUUCUGUAGUGAUAGACCUUUGACCCCAGAGAGAUUGUUCUGCUUCAUUGAAAGCACAAACAUGGACCCAGAGAAUGAUACUACUUCAACGAAGAUAUUUUAUUGAUUUUUGGACAAUUAAGAACUUAAUAAUUGAAUAAACUAAUAACAAGAAGCCAAAUGUA